AUGACGACCGCCGCUGCCCAGCCUCCUCCCCGUAUCCCAACUCCUCGCCCUAAGCCGUCAUCACGCACUUCGACUCUCCAGUCCGAAUCGGCAGCGCCAUCCAAGCCGCAACCUAACCAGGUUCCGGCCUCAACCGAGAGCUUUGCACAAUCGCAUCAACCUGGAGGGGCUCGCCGUGGAGGCCGGACGGCAUCGGCCGACCCUCUCUCGGACAAGGCCACCGUACUCCUGAUCCGCCGCAUCCUCUGCCCCCAGCAAGCCGACAAGGGCAAGAACUCGCCGGCCUCGAUAGAAGGCCUGUUGCCGCCCCUGACAAGCCGCAACGAUGUGGAUCUGCAGCUCUACGCUCUCAUUGCCAUCAUCUUGAAGGAAUUCGUCCAGAACUGGUACGCCAAGAUCACACCCGACGAGGACUUUGUUGCCGAGAUUGUCCAGACAAUCGCCCAUAUCACCCGCGCGCUCGAGCAGCGGCUGAGAAAGGUGGACUUGGAGAGCUUGCUAUUCGAUGAACUGCCCGAUCUCCUCGACAAGCAUGUCACUGCCUACCGAGUGGCCCACGAUCCCAUCACCCAGCCACCAGUCAAGACAGACCCGCGCGAGAUUUAUCACUCGUUGUGCCCGCUACCCGCUCUUUCCCCAGUUCCCCGGCCAGAAGACCCCGAAAGCGUCGCCGUGCAGGCCGAAAACGAAGCAGCCUAUCGCCAGUUGCUCGUCCACGCCUUCCUCGCCAUCCUCCUCCCCACCGAAGACCUCGAAAACGGCUGUCUGACGGCUCUGGUUGGCCAGAUAUUUUCGGAGCUAAUUAUUGGCAACGCAGUAGCCAACAGACUAUCAGAGCCAUGGCUCAUAUGGGAACUCCUCAUCAUCGCGUCGAAAACGGCCGGGCGUCGGAAUACAGCCGAGGACCAAGAUCGCCCGGAGCAAUCGAGCAACAGAUCUUCGGCUAGCCAAAGGCGGUUCUCGGCUCACGCCCUGUUCUGGGCUGGCUUGCAGUGGUGUUUCCUCGGCAUCUCAUUCAUCAGAACGGUCCUUGCGAUCCUGAUGACAUCUGGCUCCUUACCUCCGCGGGCCUCUCACGGCGUGAGCCUCAAGAGCGCAACCCAACACGAGACCGGCCAGGGGCACACUCAUCUCACUAGCUCCUUCGAUGCGGAUCUGCAUGGACCACCCAGGAUGCCUUUGCUGGCCUUUCGAACCUGGUCAGCAGUCUCAAAUCUCGCCGAGAUGGACAUCCGGAUGCCCUGGCUUCGAGGCGUAUUGUCCAUGUUGCAAUGGAUUGCCAUCAUGGGUCCAGGACGAAUUGCCGGCGUGAACGGCGUGCUUGACAGGUAG